AGUGAUGGCCAGAGCAUUGGCAACUGUCCAUUCUCCCAGCGUCUCUUCAUGGUGCUGUGGCUCAAAGGAGUCACUUUCAACGUCACCACCGUGGACAUGAAGAGGAAACCAGACAUCCUUAAGGACCUGGCCCCUGGCGCUCAGCCCCCCUUCCUGCUCUACGGGACGGAGGUGAAAACCGACACCAACAAGAUAGAAGAGUUCCUGGAGGAGAACCUGUCCCCUCCAAAGUACCCACGCCUGGCUUCCAGGAGCCCUGAGUCUAACACAGCCGGCCUAGACGUGUUCUCCAAGUUCUCAGCCUACAUCAAGAAUUCAAACCCCCAGCUCCAUGACCACCUAGAGAAAGGCUUGCUCAAGGCCCUGAAGAAGCUAGACGAAUACCUUGGCUCCCCACUUCCUGACGAGAUUGACGAGAAUAGCGCUGAUGAUGUCACUUCCUCCUCCCGUCCCUUCCUGGAUGGGCAGGUCCUCACUCUGGCCGACUGCAACUUGCUUCCCAAGCUGAACAUUGUCAAGGUGGUGUGUCUGAAGUAUCGCACUUUCUCCAUCCCUAAGUCUCUCUCCAACCUGUGGCGAUACCUGGACGCUGCGUACGCCCGCGAGGAGUUCUCCUCUACCUGCCCCAACGACACAGAGAUACACAUCGCCUACUCAGCCGUGGCUAAAGCACUUAAGUAGGAGGACAAGGGGAUUCCAUCAGUCACACACAACAGCAAAUACACACAUACACACACACACCUGUUCAGAUAUCCUAGACACACUCACCUACCUACGCACACACUGUACAUGUGGCAGCAUACACACACCCCAAUGCACUCACACAUACAGGCACUCUCUCAGACACACGCACACCAUUCCAACAGCCUUUCUUGAGAGCAGGAAAUCAAUAUCAAUGUAAGAUCAAGUUGAAAAUGUUGCAUUGGCCACUUAAGAGUUUGUGAAACUCUCUGAGGCUUAUAGUUUAUGGUUCUCUUUUUGUCACGUGCCACAUCCACUCUUAAUGCUGUAUAUUCAGGGGCAGUUACACACAGUUAAAGUUCUAUACACGGGCAGUAGGUUACAUAUGGUAGCAUCCAAAUGAAGGUAUCCAACAGUGGUCUGUUCAGUCUCUAUGAUUAAUUCUGCACUGCAUACAUUGCCACAUUACACCCUAUUAGUUUCUAUCUCUCGGCCAAGCCAUAAACAACUGUUCCUGUUUUGAUUACACACAGACACGCAUAUCUAGACCAGUUUAACUGCUACCUGCAGCUGAAAGAGAGAGCUUAGUUAUAGGCGUGUCGACAAUUAUACAUUAUUACAGACAUAUUAUUACACUGUUGAUAUAUUGUUCAGGGCAAACAGCCGCUAACAGGGUGGAUGACAUGGUCAGUUUGAACCAGUCAUUUUAUACAUGCUAAAUGGUCAGAAGUUAGGCUCAGGGAACGGGAAAGCAGGCCUUGGGCCAAUUGUAGUACAUUGGGGCACACUAUACAGAGGUGUUUCUCAGGACACAUUUAUCCACACAGAAAACGAUUUCAACAGACCUCGGCUUCUCCUUUCUCCGGCUUGUAGCGCCGUGAAGGGUUUAUCAAGCUUAUGUCCCCAUUGUAAGGCUCUUUUGCUAGUAAAUCAAAUCAAAUUGUAUUUGUCACAUGCGCUGAAUACAACAGGUGUAGUAGACCUUACAGUGAAAUGCUUACUUACAAGCCCAUAACCAACAAUGUCGUUUUAAGAAAAUGCCUAAAAAAAAAGUUGAGAAUAAAGUAACAAAUAAUUAAAGAGCGGCAGUAAAAUAACAAUUGCGAGGCUAUAUACAGGGGGUAAUUCAAAGUGAAGGAUAUUUUUGAUACAAUAAAAAAAACCUGUUGCAGAGCAGGUGAGUUACUCCAGACGAAGUAAUAUGGCUAUUGUUGCUGCUUUAGGUGUGAACUUUAGGUUAUUGAAGAAGUACUUGACUCUGUAUGGCCUUGAGGCACCGAGCCGGUUCAGUCAUGUUUCACUGUAAUCUGAGGGGAAACUACAGGAUGUAAUGCAGGCGUGCACACACCUCCAAGCAUGACUAAACCAUAAACGUCACAUUCAGAAAAAAAUGGAGACGUUCAUUGCAUAGAUAACUGAAACUGAAAUCUCCCGAGGGGAGAAUGCUACGGGAUUGUGCAUUUGUACUCUUUGAUAUGGUUAAUGACAAUGGAAGACUCAAUUCAACUUGAAAAAAGAAAAGAGUUUGAACCUUUAGUGAGCCAAACGAAGGGUUUUACUUCAGGUCUAUUGAGCUGGGUGUUGUUCAGGUUGUUUAAAUCGACAACACCUUUGAACCUACUACCGUCCUGUGCUUUGUAGUGCACACUUUGAAGUCUUCCGUUUUACAGUGACUUGAAAUUCAGUCCCCUGGGAAAGAACUGGAAAUAUUUGUUUGGGUUCUAUACAAUCCAUGUCAGCGUAUCAAGCUCAGCGUGAUUGAAAUUUAAAGGCAAUGUUCCCGCUUUAAAGGAGAUUGUAUACUGUUGCAUAUGUCGCUCAAUUGGAAAUGAGCUUUCUAUAGUGCAAUCUUCAGCGGUACAGAUUGAAUAGAGCCCUCAGACUGACUGAUAGAUGGUGCAGUCUCAUGGAUACUGACUUAAGUGGAUCAGCUUAAAACAGCCUUGUUUUAAGCUGAUCCAAUUUGAGUGUACAAAACCUUUGUGUACAAAACAUUA